AUGUAUUCGUUAAGAGAAGACUCUGCUCACCAUGUCAUUCAGCUCAUCAAACAACUCAGUGCUACUCCUACCAUUAGCGCCCAAGGAGGUCCCACUACCCUCGACGCACAGGCCGCACUUAGAGCGAAUAAAGAGGUUUUCUUCUUCCGACUGGAACGUGAGAUAGAAAAGGUCAACGUCUUUUAUCUCCAGAAAGAGGCAGAGUUUUCUCUUCGUCUGAAAACGUUGCUUGACAAGAAGAGGGUCAUCCAAGCAAGAAUAGCAGCCAGCUCCAGACUCUCUGCUAGUUUCGCAACGUUAGUCGAGGGAUUUCAACAGUUCGACAAUGAUCUCAACAAACUUCAACAAUUUGUCGAAGUCAACGAAACCGCAAUUUCAAAGAUUCUGAAAAAGUGGGACAAAACGUCGAAGUCAAGAACGAAAGAGAUCUAUCUCCAACGUGCCGUCGAAAUCCAACCUUGUUUUAAUCGCGAUGUACUUCGGGACCUCGCAGACCGAGCGACAACGGCGAGGCUUGAUUUGGAGGCAUGGGCAGAGGGUGAAAAUAUUCAGUACGAAGUAUCGAGACAACAAGAUCGCAUGAUAGGACAACGUGUGGGCACGGAAGAGAGUGAUAUCGACAUUCAGAUUCUUCAAGCCUCUGCCGCCAGUAAUAUUGGCGCCCUUCGAGAAUGGUUUGCCAGACUGGGCAACUCCCCGGAUGCACGCGAGCGUUUCACCAGAAUAUUCCUUGCGACAAUCUCUGAAGCACCUGACGAUUCUUUGAACCUAUUCCUAAACUCGGGCCUGGUCGAUAUCCACGCCGAAGACGACAUCAACGAACGAAACUGUUUACACGAAGCUGCAAUUUAUGGCAAAGAGGUUGUGUUGGAUUAUGCUCUCAGUCAUGGAAUUGACCUCACCCGUCUGGAUGUGUAUGGGAGGGUACCACUGCACUAUGCAUGCUUAAGAGGACGCCUUGCUAUGGUUGAAAAAUUGCUGGCAGCAGGACCAAACACCAUCGACAUGAAAGACCACGACAACUUUACACCGUUGAUCCAUAGCAUUGUGCGACACCGGGUCGAGUGUGUUCGCCUUCUCCUCGCGAACAACGCAAGGAUUGAUCCGCAGUCCGAUGCAGAUCACAUUCCCCUGAACUUGGCCUGUCAACAUGGAUCAAUUGAAGUUGCCGCCUUACUGUUGGAAAGAAACGCAAAACUUCUUCCCGAUGCAGAGGGUCUUUUCCCCCAACAUCUUGUGGCUCGCUCCAGUCAAAAAGCCGAUCUCCUCUUGCUCCUCCGUCAGCACGGGGCGGACUUGAAUCAGCGUGAUAAGUUGUACCAGUGGACGCCACUAUUCCAUGCCGCAAGCGAGGGUCGAGUUGAAUGCCUGCGAGCACUGCUCGAAAACGGUGCUGACCCUGAGGCUCUGGACGAAAAGGGCCUGACAGCCAUGUAUUACGCCACAUGGGAAGGCCACCUGGAAUGUAUGGAACUUCUUUGGCGGCAAAGCAGUCACCAUCGCGCCGAACGCAGAUCUUCCACCCUGUUAGGACCUGUUGUCCCACCCCAUAACCAGAUGCUAGCAAUGGAGAUCACGCCCGAGGAACCCACAGGAGCUGAGGGCGACGGAAUUCCUGACUUAUCCCUGCCGCCACCGAUCAUACCGUUGCGGCGCUACGGACACAACUUCCUCGACACGAAAACAUUCAUUGCCCUCAACUUCGACCGGACGUCGAAAGCCAUACAAUUUUUCAAUGAAGCGAGGUACCCUGCGGCCCGCCUAACCAUUUCCUCGAAAACCUCUGACCUCAUUCCUCGCAAUCUAAUGCUGCCUAUACAAGAGGACGCCAGGUCCGUGUACUUUCAGGUGGAUAAUCUCAGCACCUUCUCUGUGGAUUUCGAGAUCUACCCGACGUUUGGAUCGAAAGUGAUAGCCAAGUCGGUCGCCCUUCCGGAUGUGUUUCGCGCCAUCGCAAGCAGCGCUGGCACGUGCUGUCUUCCACUGUUUGACCCAAGGCUCCGGUCGGUGGGACAGAUACAGUUCGAUUUCCAGGUCAUCAAACCGUACCAGGGUACGCCGUUGGAGAUUACACAAUUUGCACCGUAUUGGAAGGCCACAAGCGCUUUAGACGAUCACAGCGGAUUAGUUACGGGAUCGAGCCUUUCUGGGGACUACCUCAGACUAACGAUACAGCUCACCCGGGACGGUGUUCCUGUGAGCUACCCGUCUUAUUUUGUGACCUACAACAACCUCGACGUCUCGCUCUGUCAGCUCAAAUAUGAGACACUGAUGAAACUUGGCAUGAAAGGCCGUCUUUUCAACAAUGAUGGAACACCGACCCUGGACAGCAUGGAUAUCAUCGAGUGGCGAGACCGACUGUCUGGCUCCGUCUUUGCGCUUCGAGAGAUCCUGAUGGCGGUACCCUCACACAUCAACCUCAAUCUGCAUAUUCUGUAUCCGACAAGCCAUGAAGAUUUCUCGCUGGGAGUGUACUCGAAUAUUGACAUCAACACCUUCGCUGACGCGAUUCUGACCGAAGUGUUCGAUCACGCAAGGGCCUUGCGCGCACAGGCUCCGGACCUGACUCGUUCCAUUGUGUUCUCCUCUUUCAACAGCAACAUCUGCACUGCCUUGAACUGGAAGCAGCCCAACUUCCCCGUCCUACUCUGCAAUGAUCUGGGUAGUUCGCCAAACGCCUACCAUUCAUCUUCAAAUCUCAUCGAAACUGCUUCGCAACGAGGGACGUCGAUCAAAGAGUCGGCACGCUUGGCACAACUGAACAACUUUAUGGGAUUGACUUGCUCGGCACGGAUUUUGCAGAUGGUGCCUGCUUUGACGGAAACUCUCAAGCAAGCAGGACUGGUGCUUGUUUCCGAUGCGUCGGCGGACAAUGACAGUGGAGGCCAUCAGCAAUCGCACUCACACGAGCAAGCGCAGAGCUCGACCUUUUCGAUGUUACCGGAUGGCGUCAACGGUAUUAUGAAGGCGAACGGCAUUUUACGAUUCAACGAGACAGUGGACAUGUAG